AGUCCCACAAAGAUGACAGGAUGGAUCUUGGAGACAGAUGACUGAUUGUGGAGCAAUCAGGUGGAAUUUUUGAAGUCACAAUGAUGUAAUUCACCUGAAUAUCAUCUUGUGUGGACAACAUAAGCUUACAGCCUGCAGGAAAAGGUUUCUAUCACCACUACAGCUAUUUGGCCUUCUGGUGGUUAACCUUGCUGAUGAGAUCCAGUGCCAGUCCUAACACUGAAUCCAGGGUUUAAAUUAUGGGAAGCAUGGAAAUAAAUGGCUGGAAGAUGACGGUGGUGUAAGACAUUCUCCUAUGAGGGCUCAUUCUUCUAUCUUUUUUACCCACUACAAAUACUGAAACAACAACACUUGGCAAAUUAGUCUGAGUACUAAGAUCAACUUCCAGUGUGUGCAGACUGUGAAAAAAUAUUCUUGCCAGAUGUCCCAUCCAUGAAUACGGCUAUAAAAGGAAACAAUCAAUUGAAAAGAAGUUUAUCCAAGAUAAGACAUCAAAACAUUCCAAAAUUUUCAUCCUGUGGAUCCAUAAGUAAUCCAUUAAGCAUAACUCCAUACGCAUUAACAAGGCUAACAUCUAGAACAAUUCAUGUGUAAGCUCAAAUCAGAUAGUUAUCAUCCACUGGACAGUCAUUUGUUUAAGAUAUUGGGUAUCUACAGAAAAUCUGAUGUCUAGUUUUCAAAAACCAAAGGAACAAUUGUACAAUUGAAAAGGAAACACCUCCCAAAGCAGCAGCUCAAUAACUUAAGUUUAAAAGAUUUGAAAAAGUUAGCUAUGGCAAAAUUCUUGAGAGUGUGCUACAUCUGCGGUAAGCAAUUUGGAUUACAUUCAAUCAUCAUACAUGAGCCUCAGUGUCUGGAGAAAUGGCGGACCGAGAAUGAGAAAUUACCAAAACACCAAAGAAGACCAGAACCAAGAAAGCCAGAGGCUAUUAAAACUGAUGGUUCACAUGAUGCUGCUGCUACCAAUGCAGCAGCGUUCGCAAGUGCAAAUGCUCAGUUAAUUCCCUGUGAAAACUGUGGUCGAUCAUUCCUACCUGAUCGACUUUCUGUGCACCAAAGAAGCUGCAAACCAAAGGAUGGAGGCUUAUCAUCCAGAACACCUGAGUCAAGUACAGGUUACAGUUCUCCACCAGCAAUUAGACGCCCACGAACAGUUGUCUGCUAUCUUUGCGGCCGAGAGUAUGGAACCACAUCUAUAAGUAUUCAUGAACCACAGUGUUUGAAAAAAUGGCAUAUUGAAAAUGAUAAGCUUCCAAGGCAUCUCAGGAGGCCUGAACCCAAGAAACCUGAAGUCAUAUCUAGCACAGGUAAAGGUGCUUACGAUAUAGAUGCUUUAAAUGAAGCAGCUUGGAGAAGUUCCCAAGAACAACUGGUGCCUUGUGGCAUCUGUGGGCGAACCUUCCUCCCAGAUAGACUGAUUGUGCACCAGCGUUCAUGUAAACCAAAGUAACCAACCUGAUGAACAAAGCCAAACUGUCAUGGAAUAGCACUUGACUGUAAAGAAUAGUUCAUUAACUCCAGUAAAAUAAAAUAAUGCAAUAAAAUAAAAAAUAACUCAUUUAUUUUGUGGCAGUUUUGCACUAAUUAUGAGCUGCGUCACUACCUGCUGUAAAUUUAUUGGAAUAACACAAUUUUAAAAUUAAACCCACUACACUUGCUUCAAGAUUGGGGCAGAAAUUCCACAGCUCUUCCAGUACACACCUUUGCCUGUUUGCCUGUUCCAAACAAGGAACACUUCCUAAACACCUCUACCUUCCUAACUCUCUCAGUUCUUUCAAAAGUCUCAUCAAAAUCUAUCUUUUUGGUUAAGCUUUUGCCAUCUUCUUUAAUUCUCCUCACAUGAGUGCUGAUUGUCCAGUUAUUUUUACCUUUGUGAAGUACAAGUUUUCACCAGUGAAGAAAAACAAACAAUUGAGUCAAUGUUUUGAAUGCAAAUUAUCAGGAAGAUUUUAAUUUUUUUGGUUCUACAUUAAUCCCAUGUGCAUGUCCCAAUAAGUUAUUUCACUUUCACACUUGUUGGGGGCACUUAUUGGGAAUUCAGGUACGUGUUCACCUUAACUUUCCACAGGAACCAGAAGGUAAUAUAUGAAUUAAUGUGCAUUCUUGUUUAUCCAUGUGAAAAUUAUGAUGGCAGCAUGAACAUAUAUGUUAUUUUAAAUAAGUAGUUGUAACAUUAAGAACCUGAUCAGUUUGGGGUACAACUUCUGUGGAUUUCACUCGAUAUCC